AUGGCUAGUAAGAAGUUACGAACUGUUACGGACCGGAAGGGUACCACAGAGGAGGUCACAGAAUCUCUUCCAGGUAAAGGUCAAACACUCGAUGGAGAGACGGAAGACAAAGGGAAAGGAAUAUCAAAGUACGAGGAAAACGAUGUUUCAGAAUGGUCUAGCAAGAAAGAGGUUCACCUUGAUUCGGAUGCUGAUGGCAUGUAA